AUGCAGUCCAAGCUCCUCCUCGCCGCCACCCUCCCGGCCGCCGUCCUCGCCGUCCGCGACCUGUCCGGCACCCUCCCGCACGCCUUCCGCCGCGCCGAGGCCCAGCUCGCCGCCCGCGACGAGGCCGCCUGCCUGUCCGCCUACGCCGCGCACUCCACCGUCGUCGACGACUUCCCCGAGCUACCCACCGCCCUCGCCACCUACACCGACGUCGACGUCCCCACCAUCACCGACCCGUGCCAGUUCCCCUCCAUCACCGGCUCCGCCGGCGCCCUCAUCACCUCCUACUCCUCCGCCCUCCAGAGCUGGCAGGACGCCCACAUCACCGAGAUCCGCUCCCUCUACCAGGCCUGCUCCGACGUGCCCCAGUUCUCCAGCAUCCUCGCCGAGUACGGCGACGCCAUCUGCACGAGCGCGGCCGCGGUCAUCACCUCGGAGGACGGCACGGCGUCGGCGUCGGCGACUGCUACGGGCUUGGUUACGGCUACGUCCAGCGGCAGCGGCGCUUCUGGUGCUACUGCGACUGGCACCGCUGGAUCUUCUGCGUCCGCGUCUGGCUCUGGUGCGUCUGGCAGCGCUGCCUCGACCACCGCCGUCCCUGCCGCCGCGCCCAAGGAGACUGGCCUGUUCGUCGCCGCUGCGGCUGCUGCUGCUGGCAUUGUCGGUGCCGUUAUGCUCUAA